AUGGCGUUUCCCUACAUGGAAGCCGUUGUCGGGUUUAUGAUAUUAAUGUAUAUAUUUGAAACUUUCUUGGAUGUCCGGCAACAUAAAGCCCUCAAACUUCCAACACUUCCGAAGACUUUAGAAGGGGUUAUCAGCCAAGAGAAGUUUGAGAAAUCAAGAGCCUAUAGUCUUGAUAAAAGCCACUUCCAUUUUAUUCAUGAGUUUGUGACAAUAGUGACAGACUCUACAAUUUUGUACUUUGGUGUAUUGCCCUGGUUUUGGAAGAAAUCAGGAGAAUACGCCACAGCAGUUGGUCUCAAUGCAGAAAAUGAAAUACUGCAUACUCUUGCCUUUUUAGCUGGUAUGAUGGUUUGGUCACAGAUAACUGAUUUGCCUUUUUCUCUGUACUCAACUUUUGUGAUUGAGGCCCGUCAUGGUUUUAAUAAGCAAACACCUUGGUUAUUCUUUAGGGACAUGAUUAAAGGAAUUUUCCUUGCUGUGAUAAUUGGUCCACCUAUUGUGGCUGCAAUUAUUGUAAUAGUACAGAAAGGAGGUCCAUACUUAGCCAUCUAUCUUUGGGCAUUUACAUUUGGUCUUUCUAUUGUGAUGAUGACUCUUUAUCCAGUACUAAUAGCUCCACUCUUCAAUAAGUUCACUCCUCUUCCAGAUGGUCAACUCAGGGAGAAAAUCGAGAACCUUGCUUCCUCCCUCAACUUUCCAUUAAGGAAAUUGUUUGUAGUCGAUGGAUCCACAAGAUCAAGUCACAGCAAUGCUUAUAUGUAUGGAUUCUUCAAGAACAAGAGGAUUGUGCUUUAUGACACAUUAAUUCAACAGUGUAAAAAUGAUGAGGAAAUUGUUGCUGUUAUUGCCCAUGAGUUGGGACACUGGAAGCUCAACCAUACUGUGUACACGUUUGUUGCGAUGCAGAUUCUUACACUUCUGCAAUUUGGAGGAUAUACACUGGUGCGAAAUUCAACUGAUCUGUUUCGAAGUUUUGGAUUUGAUACCCAGCCAGUUCUCAUUGGGCUCAUCUUAUUUCAGCAUACUGUAAUCCCACUUCAGCAAUUGGUCAGCUUUGGUCUGAACCUUGUCAGCCGAUCAUUUGAAUUUCAGGCUGAUGCCUUUGCUAAGAAGCUUGGAUAUGCAUCUGAACUACGAUCUGGUCUUGUGAAACUACAGGAAGAGAAUCUGUCAGCUAUGAAUACAGAUCCUUGGUUCUCUGCUUAUCACUAUUCUCAUCCUCCCCUUGUUGAAAGAUUGGCCGCUCUGGACGAACCAGACAAGAAGAAAGACUGA